AUGAGCGCCGAGGCAGAGGAGACCCCGUUCCAGAUCAUCAACGUUUAUGAAGACACUGAGGAGGAGAGGAACAUGCCGGAAGGUCCCGACACUGCCACUCAGCGUCGGCCCCAAGCUCGGGACCCACCGGGCGUGCACGAGGGCAGCCCCCAGCAGCCCCCAGACUCCCCACUGCUGUGGGGCUUGAGCUCAGCGGCUCUGCCCCCUGACAACCCCAGCUUCCGACCUGGCAGGGAUGUGGGCCAGUCUCACACAUCACCUUCUUCCAAUGAUGAGGUCCAGUCCUUCCUUGCAGCAAUUCCCCCCAUUCCGGGAGAUGUGGUGGUGAGGCCUCGGGCCCCACGGCACCCCCUGAAGGUGAGCACGCUGCAGCACAGAAAGAAAAUCUACGCUGUGGCCGUGAGCAGCGCCACGCACCACGUGUACACGUGUGGCCACGGCUACAUCAAGGUGUGGGAUGAGCGCUCCCUGCAGGGCCCCGCCAGGAGCCCCCAGGCGCUACUCAACUUUCCGGAUGACCCCGACACCUAUGUCCAAGCCUGCAAGCUCUUCCCCGACGAGCGGACCCUGAUCACGGCGGGGCUGUCCCAGAGUGUGACGCUCUGGGACCUGGCGCCCGUGCCGCGCAUCAGGGGCCAGCUGUUCACUGGGAACCCCACUUGCGCCGCCCUGGCGCUCUCCUCGGACGCCCGCAUCUGCGUCACUUGUUCCAGAAACAUGAUCGAGAUCUGGGAUGUGCAGAACCAAAUCCUGAUGAGGAGCCUCCAGCCCCCCUUGGACGGGAUCCGCUGUGUGGACAUUGUGGGCAACAAGAUCUGGACGGGAGGGGAAGACGCCAACGUGUACUCCUGGGACCUGAGGAGCUACCAGAAGCUGCAGCAGCACCAGCUCCAGCACGAGGUCCUCAGCAUUACCCACGACCCCAGCGAGGAGUGGAUCCUGGCAGGCGUGAAGAUGGGUGACCUCUUUCUCCUCCACACGCACCGGAAGGAGAAGUUUAAGGUGAUGGUGGAGAAGAAAUACAUCUACCACAGCAAUAUCAAGUUCGCCUCCAGCGGGAGCUUCUUGGUGGCAAGUUUGGACGAGAGCAUCCAUUGCUUUGCGACACCUUCUCUCAAGAGGCUGUUUAAGAUCCAGGACUCUGCUGAUAUCAUGUGCUGUGACGUGUCCUCAGACAACCAGUACCUGGUCCUGGGCUCCGGGAACACUGCCAAGGUCUACCAGCUUCUGUAUUGA